AUGAAUAAAAAAUUUGAGAUGAAAAGCUUGCAUGCAAAAACUUCCAAAAGCGUUCCGAGUAAGGAUUCUAAUAACGUCCUUGUAUCGCAUAAUAAUAGAGCCACAACAGCCAGUGAUACACUACAGCCAAAUUGUAAAACAAGAAAUGCAGCCAGUUUGGAGAAAAAGUCAACGAGUAUCAAUCAUCAUCGGGUUGAUUCUGUAGAGUCAGGAAGCGUACCAACAAAAGGAACUAGAUCUAAUUCUAGCAGUAGAGCCAGCUCAGCAUCAAGUACUUCUUCUUCCUCAAGCCGCUCAUCGGACCACCUAGCAUCGACAAUACAAAAAAAUGGAAAGAGCUCGGAACAAAGUAAAUCUUCUAAACAAUCCGUGGAAAAGCAAACACCAUCAAAAACAAUUUCAAAACCAAGUAAAUCACAACCGGAAAGAACUAAUAAUUCAGUGAAAAAGUUAUGCCACGAAGAGAUAUCACAAAAGAAUGAUUCCAAGAAAGAAUCAAAGCAAGAAGCAGUCGUUGAUUUGACUCAAACGCUAGAAUUGCGUCAUCAGAAUUUAUCUUCCUUUCCUGAAGCUCAUGUCGCGAAGACGGAACUUGUCAAGCUUGAUAUUUCGUUUAAUUCAUUUUCAGAGCUGGACAUGCUUUCUAAUUUUCCAAAGCUUGUUUCAUUUAAAGCCAUGUAUAACAAAUUGAAAAAUUUGGACGGAAUUGAAUUAUGCGAACAACUAAAAGAUUGCAACAUGACUGGAAAUGCAAUUGAGGAUGUAACUAAACUGGCCUUUUGCAAGAAAUUAGAGACAUUAUCGUUGGAUGGAAACAAAAUUGCAAGCUUUCCAUCAUUAAGUUCUUUAAAGUGUUUAACCUCUCUUUCUGUAGAUAAUAAUUGUCUAAAGACAUUUGAUGGAAUUAGCGGCCUUGAAAACAUCACCACAUUUUCUGCUGCAAGAAAUUGCUUUGAAAAAUUGACUGGACUUGGAAAAUGCAGAUUUCGAUCCAAUCUUAUUGAGCUGGAUUUAUCUUUUAAUAUGCUUGAUAAGGCAGAUUUUGCAUGUCUUCCUACGUUUGACAAGCUCGAGAUACGCGUGUUAGUUCUAUCUGGCAAUUUAUUUGAGUCAUUGAACGGAAUAGAAAGUAGAUUUCCACACCUAGAGUCUCUAGACGUACGAGAUAACCUCAUCCCUCAUGUAAAACAACUGCAAGAAUCCAUCUCAUCCCUCUCAGAAUUAGAAAUGCUCUACGUAUCAGGAAAUCCUAUGUGUGACAUUAAUUCGAACUAUGUGAAAAUUCUCUCGACACAUGUUAAAAAUUUAAGACUCAUUGAUGAGGUGAGAGUAAAUGCGUUGGAUAUUCCUCCAGAAAUUGAUCAAAACGAUUCAACAGUUAUUACGGAAUUAGGAUAUGCAGAACCAACCUUUGACGAUAAGGAGCUGUUAGACCAAGUCCUCAAAAGAGAACAAACAAGCUUAAAGGAAGCUGAAGAAGUGAAAGCCCUCUUUUCAAACCUAGAAAAACAAACACGAAAGCUAGAAAAAACAUUUGAGAAUUCGUUAUAUCAUUUAGAUGCGAAUUUAAACGAAAUCAAGAAAGGAAUAUUAUUCAAUCUGGACUUUGAGAGGAACGAAAAGGCAGUCACAUUUGGUGAAGUAGAGACCCAAAGCAUGGACAUGCGUUCAUCUCAAACUCUUGAUCUAAGCGACAUUAGGAAAGCCAUGAACAAGAUUGAGAAGAAACCUGUCACAAAAUUGGAGGAUAUGCAGACAUCCAAUGUGCGGAAAUCACUGAAUCAUAUUGAAAGAAUAAGAGCCGCACAACAGUACUCGAAAAACACUGAAAUGGAAAGCAAUAAUAAGGAACCAAGCGACCGUAGCACCGAGCUGAUCGAUGAUUUAAAUUUCGUGGACGGUGGUCAUUCUGUAAACGAUACAAGCGAAAAGGUUGUUAGUGAGGUUGAACAGUUUUUGUAUUUACUAAAUUCGAAAACAGCAGAAAGAAAAGUACCUCCAUCCAGCACUGGUGGACUUAAAGUACGAAGAAAAAAUAAAGAUUCGUGA